GUUAAUGAAUUGAAACUAGGUUUAAGUUUCAAUUGUUAAAUCGAAAUCUUUUUUUUUAAACACUAUAUAUAUAUCUAGUGGACGUGACUCCGAAAUUUUCCUCCGCUGAACGUGGCAAGGCCUUCAAGGACCCUGAGAUCUGGCCUCCUUUCCUCCUCCCCCCUUGGUAUCUCUUGGGUUUACCAUUCACUUUUUUAUGACCUAUUUACCUACCUAGGCAUUACUCUCUUUCCGUUUUAUAUAAUAAAUCAAGACUUCGCUCUCUGAUCCCCAUCCUUUGCCAUUUCGCCUCGUUCCAUUCAUUCUCUAACUAGUCCCUACGUUAUAGAAAAGCGACCAUGGCUGAGGUAGCUAACACACCUACCCCUGCCCCGGCGGGUGAGAACAAGAAGCCCGAGAAGCCCAAUACCGAGCUCUUCCAGCAGCAAUUGGCUAAGGCCGAAAAGGAAUACCAAGAUGCUCUCACUAGAUAUAAUGCUGUUAAGCAAAAGGUAGAGCUCGUCACGGGAAACAAGAACAAGGACACCCAGUCUCCUCUCCAGAAGCGCCGCCAGGAGCUUAUCGCCCAGGCCAACGAGAUCCGUAACAAGCAAGGCGCCGGCAAGAAUGCUCGUAACACCAAGAUGGAUCAGAUCAAGCGUCUCGAUGAACAGCUACGAUCCCGAAUCGCCGAGCAGAAGAAUGCGCGUGGCAAAGUAAACUUCAAGAGCGUCGAGGAUCUCGACCGUGAGAUUGAGCGCUUGGACAAGCAGGUUAACGGCGGCAUGAUGAAGCUGGUCGACGAGAAGAAGGCUUUGGCCGAGAUAUCCAGCCUUCGAAAGCAGCGCAAGAACUUUGCUCAGUUCGACACCUCGCAGAAGGGCAUCGACGAGCUCAAGGCUAAGAUCAAGGAAAUCAAGGACAGCAUGGACGACCCCGAAGCUCGUGCGCUAAGCGACCAAUACACCAAGAUCCAGGCAGAGCUCGACACCAUCAAGGCGGAGCAAGACGAAGCAUUCAAGAACCUGAACUCCCUGCGCGACGAACGAAGCAAGCUGCAAGCUGAGCAACAGGAGAAAUACCUGGCCAUACGCAAGCUUAAGGACGAGUACUACAGUGCGAAGAAGGCUUUCGGCGAGUACGAGCGUGAAGCACGCCAACGAGUCCGAGAACGACAGAGGGCCGAGCGCGAGCGCAUCGAGAAGGAGAGGAAGAAGGAACGUGCCCAGAAGCUGCUCCAGGAGGCCAGCGACCCCGCCUAUCUCGAGGAAAUCCGAAGAGCCAACAGUCUGCUGAAUUACUUUGACCCGUCCUCCGCCCCUGCCGAGAAGGCACCCCUUCUAGCUGAUAGCGGUCUGAGUGCUCAAGCUUCACGUAAGGUUGACGACUCGGGCUUGAAGGGCGUCAAGCUAGUACGAAAGGAAGAACGCGAGGACGAAUACCUACCUGCCGUGAAAAAGGGCAAGAAGGGCAAGAAGGGCGGCCACGCCGAAAAGAGCACCCACACCGAAAAGGGCUUCAACUUACCCCCUGCCGUCAUCGACGACUGCUCAUUCUUGGGAAUUAACCCUCCUAUGGGCCCCGAAGACGUUGCUGCUGCUGUCGAGAAAGUCAAGGCUAAGCUAGAACACUGGAAAUCCGACCAGCAGGCCCAGACUCAACGUGUGAGUUAUCAACCUAGAAUUGGCAUUUUGAAAAAUUACUAACAAAGCGUAGAACAUUGAGAAGGCCAAGAAAGAAAUCGAGAAGUUAGAAGCUGAGGAAGCUGCUGAGGCUUCCGGUACUGCGACACCUAACGGCGUCAACGGGGACAACAAGUCGGAUGACAAAGUGGCCGCCGUAACGUCGGAUCUGAAGGAGGCAUCAUUGGAGGAGACAUCGGCUUAGAUGUCCGAUGCGCCACCAAUUGCCAACCACCAGUCAGUCGAGGUUAAAUAGAUGGAUUCUCGGGUCGGGAAAUAAGAAAAAGAAAAAAGAAAGAGAAAAA